AGCAGCAGCCAGCAACAGCUCAUAGAAGUGGAAAAGCGAAAGCGGUUGAUCAAAUAUUAAAUUGCAUAUCGUUAAUUGCAAUAAACGGACGUUCAUAGCAGUUUAUGUGAAUAUUUAUAUAAAAGUGAUCACAGUUGAGAAAGUUUUAUUUUUUUUUUUUGCUUUUUUGUACAUAUAAUAAAAGUAAUUAUUUUAAUAAAGAAGAGCUUUUAAAGUGAAAUAUUAACCUAUAACAAUUGCUCAUCUCCAAGAAUUAUGGCAGAGCCAACGACUACGACACAACCUGAGAGAGGAUGGGCAAAUUUGAAACAACAUGUGGUUGAACAUAAAAUUGAAGCUGGAUUAUGGGCAUUGAGACUACUCGCUAUACUUUUUACAGUAGCGUAUUUCAUUCCUAUAUUUGGAAAUCCCUACAAUGUAUACUAUAAAGCGUUAAUUAGUAAUUCAGCAAUCAAUGCAUUGAGACUGCAUCAAAGAAUGCCACCUAUUCAAUUUUCAGCAGCAUUUUUUGCAGAGCUGUGUUUAGAAGAUUCAUUCCAUUAUUUGUUUUAUGCAUCAAUAUUCCUCUAUGCUUCUCCAAUAGCGUUGGUUCUUAUUCCCAUAUUUUUAUUCGCAUUACUUCAUUUCUCAAGUUAUUCUCUCACACUGCUCGACUGUAUAGGUCAAAAUCGCAUGUGGGCAGCACGAUUAAUGAUCUCGUUGGUGGAAUUUCAAUCAGGCAACAUUUUACGUUUCAUUGCACUGACUGAGGUCAUUUUAAUGCCAAUUUCAAUAUUUUUAGUUUUCUCGGGUCGUGCCGGUUUACUAACGCCAUUUAUCUAUUACCACUUUUUGAGAUUACGUCUCAAUUCAAGACGAAAUCCCUAUACACGCAACGUUUUUUAUGAAAUUAAAAAUUCAAUCAGUAGUCUUGCUGCAAAACAAUCUAUACCUCCAAUUAUAAGAAGUGUUUUAAGUUAUUUCUUACAUUUUCUUCAAAUGAUGGAACCUGUUCGUCAACAACAACAAUAAUGCGUGAUUGGAGAGGGGAAAAAAUUGUAAAUUUUUCAUUUUGAGGAACAAUUUAAAAUUUCGAUUACAAUUUUAAAAUGUUCCUUGAUCGUGUUUUAGGUAUAUAUAUAUAAAUAUAAAUAUAAUGUCUGUGAGGAAUGUCAAGGAUUUUUGUAUACGUGAUGUCUUAAAUUUAAGCCCCACAAAUUUGUUAUAGACAUUUCACGUAAUGUGAUACUUGCACAUUUCAAAUUGAAAGACACUGAGAAACUUAAUGCUGUUUGCAUUAUAAGCUAUACCAAUAUUUUUUAUUCUCUUAAUUUAUUUUUCAAAUUAAUCUUGAAAACAAUUUUGUGAAUAAUAAUCUAUAUAUAUAUAUAGAAAUUAUUUUAAAAAAACAACAUUUUUACAACAAAGAGAAGUAAUUGAGAAAAGUUUUUGUGUCAAAAAUUUCAUCUUGUUGCUAUUUUUUCGAUGAAAUUAAAAUUGUCCAUUUCUCUAUAAGAUUAAAUUUUAGGGGUUAAUUUUUUAAAUAUAUUAAAAUUUACUCUCGAAAAUAAUAAUUUGAUAGUUCCUAUUUAUUCAGAGAGUAAAUAUUAAUAAAAAUUUGUUUCUUGGAUGUUUUAUUGUCAAGUAUUUUCUUUUUCAUUAAAACUAAACUAGGCGUAACUUUCAAAUAAAGUGAUUAAUCGAAUGCUAGUUAUGCUAGACAUUUACAAUUUUUACCGUAAUUUUAAAUCUUAAAAAUAAAAAAAAAAAAAGAAUUUGUCUUAAUGUCUAUAUUCAACAGAUCUUUUUCAUUGCUUAUCAUAUUAAUAAUUUAGAUCAGACAGUUUAUAUUUUUAUCGAAAAAAUUAAUAUUGGAUAGCUUUUGUAAACUAGUAUUUAGUAAUAAAUUCAUUGUUGACUAAAGUGUGAAAAAUAUUUUGCACGUACUGAAAAUAUUUUUUUGUACAAUAAAAUGAAAUAUUACGCUAAAUGUUUCUAAUUUAAAAACAUAAUAUGACCAUAAUAAAUUUUUGCAGUGAAUUAUA